UCUCGAUCGAACACAUUUCCUUCUUCUACCUAUCUACCCCAGCAACCCGCCGCAAGCUCGCCGGAACGCUGUCCAAAGCUAAGCUAAGCUAGCGCGUCCGCGGCGGCGAGACCAUGGACCGCGUGACCUCGUCGUGGCUGCCGCCGCUGCUGCUGCUUCUCGUGGCCGCAUCCGGCGCCCAGGCCGACCCGCAGGUGCCGUGCUACUUCGUGUUCGGGGACUCGCUGGUGGACAACGGAAACAACAAUGACAUCGCGUCGCUGGCGAGGGCCAACUACCCGCCCUACGGCGUCGACUUCCCCGCCGGAGCCACCGGCCGCUUCAGCAACGGCCUCACCACCGUCGACGCCAUCUCUCGUCUUCUGGGCUUCGACGACUACAUCCCCGCGUUCGCGGGUGCAAGCAGCGAUCAGCUCCUCUCCGGCGUCAACUUCGCCUCCGCCGCCGCCGGAAUCAGGGACGAGACCGGCCAGCAGCUGGGCCAGCGCAUCCCCCUCGGCGGGCAGCUCCAGAACUACCAGACGGCGGUGCAGCAGCUGGUGAACAUCCUAGGCGACGAGGACUCGGCGGCGAACCACCUGAGUCAGUGCAUCUUCACCGUGGGCAUGGGCAGCAACGACUACCUCAACAACUACUUCAUGCCCACCGUCUACGGCACCAGCCGGCAGUACACGCCGGAGCAGUACGCCGACGUGCUCGCCAACCAGUACGCGCAGCAGCUCAGGGCCCUGUACAACAAUGGCGCCAGGAAGGUGGCGCUGAUGGGCGUGGGGCAGGUCGGGUGCAGCCCGAACGAGCUUGCGCAGCAGAGCCCCGACGGCGUCACCUGCGUGGAGCGGAUCAACAGCGCCAUCGAGAUCUUCAACCAGAAGGUGGUCAACCUCGUGGACCAGUUCAACACGCUGCCGGGCGCGCACUUCACCUACAUCAACGCCUACGGGAUCUUCCAGGACAUCCUCAGAUCACCAGGGUCGCAUGGUUUGACGGUGACCAACACGGGGUGCUGCGGGGUGGGGAGGAACAACGGGCAGGUGACGUGCCUGCCCUACCAGACGCCGUGCGCCAACAGGGCCGAGUACCUCUUCUGGGACGCCUUCCACCCGUCGGAGGCGGCCAACAUCCUCGUCGGACGGAGGGCCUACAGUGCCGCGCUGCCGUCCGACGUCCACCCCGUCGACCUGCAGACGCUUGCUCAGCUCUAGUCCAUGCAUUAUCAAGAGCUGGAAGGAGUCAGGACCAACAUUUAUACACUACUAGCUUUCGCUUGCCUGACUCAAUUGUCGUUGUGGAGUGAUACGAGUUUUCAUUACUUGGGUGCCAUGCGAUCGACGUGCAAGAUACGCGUGCAUCGAUCUGAACUACUUAUAUGAGUAGUAUAUGCUAUAGCUACACCUCCCUUUUUGCUAUAAGUGUAAUUAAGGAUUCAUCCGUUGGUGUGUGCUUCAUUCUAUAACUCAAUUUCAAGAAAUAUUUUUAUUUGAACAUUGUGA